GAGCAGUCUGUAGCCUCAGCUAGAGCAUCAGUCAUGGUCUAUGAUAAUCUCAACCGACAAUGGUUACCUAGUGGAUCCUCCAGUGGGCUUUCUAAAGUCCAUAUUUACCAACACAUGGUCCAUAACACCUUUCGAGUUGUUGGAAGGAAGCUUCAGGACCAUGAAGUUGUAAUAAACUGUGCCAUUCUAAAAGGGUUGAAAUACAACCAAGCAACCCCAACCUUCCAUCAGUGGAGAGAUAACCGUCAAGUUUAUGGUCUCAACUUUAGCAGCAAGGAAGAUGCCCAUAUUUUUGCAUUAGCCAUGGUCAAGGCUUUGGAAGCUAUUGACCAGAAUAAUUUUUGCUCAGAUUCCACGCUUCCAAGAUCCCUACAGUCACAAGUAGUGCCUCCACAUUAUCAACAACAACAACCAAUCUAUCAAAUCCAACAGUACCAACAACCAGUCUACCAAGAAAUUGGUCAGCCAAUUCAAAAUGGCCACGUAGAAACAUAUUUCUGGAACAGAGAAGAGUCUGGAGGAGAGAAAAGACAGUCAGCUCUUCAGUAUGUUUCAAACACAGUGGGAGAAUACACUAGCAACAGUCACCCAGUCACAUUAGCUAAUGCACCACCUAGUGGAUCUAGUCAUAAUCAUUCUCCCUCAUCUUCGUUGGCAACUCCACCUCUGGCGCCACCAGCUGUGUCUACACCUCUUUCAGGUCAAGGUGCUCCUCCAGCACCACCUCCCCCUCCUUUUAGUGCUUCCCAAACACUUCCCCGACAAGGUUCUUCUAGUGGUUCCCCCAUGUCACUGGCUACUGCUCUUCAAACAGCCAAUCUAAGAUCAAUAAAGGUAUCUGAAAGUGACAUAACACGGUCUGCUCCAGUUGGAUUAAUGGAUGAAAUAACUAAAACGUUGGCCAGAAGACGAGCACAAGUGGAGAAUAGUCAACAUAGUCAAGAUGAAGAGAUCACCAGACAAGGUGUAGAGAGAAAGAGGUCUUGGGGACGACUGAGUUCUGUUAAUGGUUUAAGUCCUGAAAAACGUGGUGGUUCAGAGUCUUCCAGGAAUCUCUUAGAGUUGCUAGAAAGUGGAGACAAGCGUAGAGCUAACAGAAAUCACUCGGUAGAUGUUGACAAACUGAAACAGGAAAUAUUAACAGAAAUGAAGAAGGAAAUUAUAAAAAUGAAACAAGAUAUAAUCGAAGUUAUCAGAAAAGAAUUCGCCAGAAGGUAGACCUAAUGAAAGAAGAAACAGCACAAGCAAACUCUUCCUGUCGCUGCUACCUAAACAAAAUAUAUAAUGUCAUCGGAGAAUAGAGUAUGAUGUUCUUGUGUGUGGUUGUAAACGAUGGCCAUAUUUGUAUUGUACGUUGGCACUUCACAUUUGUACUUGAAUGCUUGCAGUGCAUUGUGUUUAUUUAUAUACUUAUUGCUGUUUUUAGGAGUUGUUAAAAGAUUUUAUUGAAAAUUCCAGUAGGUAAAUUAUUUACACUGAACAGUUGAUCUUAAUUUGUUAAAGAUAUGAAGUAUUCUAUGUUUUACUAUUUUUUUAUUAUAUUUUUUAUUUUAUAUGAAACUGUUCAUCCACUGAUGGCAUUCAAAAUGUUACCUACUGAUGUUUAUAAAUAUGUCUUAAACUAUUUUUAUAUAUUAACUAUUUCUCAUCUAUUUUACUGAAUCUGGUACUUCUGUAAACCUUUUUUUAAAAAAAACUGUUUGUUUUUCACUUCUUUUAUAGGUCAAUUCUUGUAGAUUCCUCUGAUUAACACUGUAGAUCUGUAACUAAGACAGCUGUUAUUUAGAAAAGAGCGGGAAGAUUAAAACUGUUGUAGUCUAGUGACACAUGCCCAUUAAUGAACAAGCAACACUAAUCUUCAUACAGUACAUUACCACACAUGUUCAUGAUCAUUCAACUUUUGAUUGGAUAAUAAUGGAUUCUGAACAAGACACUCUUUUUCUUUGGUAUUCAACAAAAUGAUAUCAUUAGAAACAUUGUUUUCACUUUUAAUGAUUAGUCUACCACAGGGAAGAAUAUAUAUAGAUGGUGCUUUAGUAGCCUUCACAAUGUAGAUAUUAGUACUACUUUAUAAUCACAUGAAUAUUUAAUGCUCAUUUCUGGUGAUUUAUCUCUUGAAACUGCCAACUUUUUCAUCUAAAACUGUUAGAUUUGUUUCUUAAAUAUCUUAGAUAUCUAUUAAUUCUUUCCAGCCCAAAAUCUUGUGUUUUUUGCAAGGGCAAAUGAUGUCAUUAAAUUUUAAAAAAUUCUCUCUAACUUCUUUCCUGAAAUCAUCCACGAAAUAAAACUGUUGUUCAGAUUUAGAGUUUAUACAUAUUAUUAACAUUUGUUUUGGAUAAAGUAAUAAAAACAAAUUCCUAAUGGUAACCCUGAUGUAAUUUUUAUUUGGGUAGUAAAAACGUUUAAACUUCCUGUCUGCAUAGAUGAAACUUAACACCAUAGAAAACAAAGCUUCAAAUCUGUGUACAGGUUUGUUACUUUUGUAAUGUCAAGCACUGUAAAAUUCAACUAACUGAAUUUUUUGUCUUAGGACUUUCAAACUUCUAAAACUAACCAAAUGAUAACAAUAUCAUCUGAAAGCUGGGAUUGUUUUCUUCCUAUUAGUUCAAUUACUGCUGUAAAGCUCCCUUUCGUCCUUGAGUUUUUACUCAUUAAGUCAAAAGUUUUCCUCUGUCAGAUGCCUUAAUUCAGAUAACAUAACUGUACAUAAUGAUUACAGAGUUAACUUUAUAAAUAUGAUAUGGUAAUGUGAAUGUUACUUAUUGAUAUUAGUUUUAGUGAUCUAUCAGAUAUUUUAUUGUAGAAUUCCUUUCAACAAAGUGCAUUAGGCCUUUGAUUACUAAGAAGAGUGUGUGAAAUGUAGAUAUCAGACCAACUGUUAUGGGCAUGUUCUGCAAUGCCAUCAUCUAAAGCUAAGUCAUGUAGUAAUUUUUACUUCAUUAGAAGUUGUAAAUUUAUAACAAAGAAAAAAUAUUUAGGUUCAGAAUAAUUUAAUGGUUAUCGUACUUUAUGUAUUAAGUGUUUCAGAUACAGUUUUGUUUAUGAGUUAUUAAUUUUUAUUAAUACAAACAUAGAACUGCUAGAAUAAUGCCACGAGGAUGGAAAGGGUUAAAAUAUAGCAAAUAUUUCUUUCAUAUUUCAAAAACCUUGUGUGAGAUUUAAAUUAGCACCAAAUCAUCAUGUCAGUAUAUUAGCGAUAACUUCACUGACAGGAAAUGUUAAUUUAAUUUUUAAAAGAAAAACCACUUUAAUCACAAAAAAAACCCAUAAUUCCUUGAUGAGUCAUUUACAAGAAAAACAUCAUAAUAGAAACGUUUAUUACAUUUAAUAUCUGUUUUCAUCCAUCAUCAAGGUUAGAUUAAUGUAUUAAAGUAGGCUAAUUCAACCUUAUACAGAGUUGUGUUCUAAAAGCUGAAAGGGAAAACAACAGUAAUGACAAAGUAUAAUUUUGUGUUGAAAACUCAGAUAUUUCAACAUUUUUAAGGAGUAUAUCAACAGGCAUGUUUCAAGCAGUUUACCAGAACUAGGUUUCUAAAUAUUGCUAUAAAGUAAGCUUAUCCAGGGUAGAAAAUAAAAUUCCAGAUUUUUUAACUGAAAUUCAGAGUAGUUUUUAGAAUUUCAUUCUGAAAUGCUUUAACUUUUGUAUGAGAGUUUUAUGAUUUUGUACUUUAGGACUUUUAAAGAAAAAAAAUAUUUUUGAGGUUAGAAAUAGAAAAAAACUAUUUUUUGUGAGUCCCUAGUGCUCGCUUAGAAACACCAUGAAAUUAGUGUUGAUGACAAUGUAGUGCGUGCUUAGAAACACCGUGAAAUUAAUGUUGGUGACAUCCACAAUGUGUAACUAUGACAAAUAUUUUUAAUACUUUAUAAUGAUAUGAUAGAAAUGGACUGGUUUCAUCUUAAUAUAUUCAUUAUAUCAAAAUAAGUGGUAUAGUAGUAAUAUAAAAUGCAUCCUUUCAGAAUCCUCCUCGUAUCAGAACAGAUAUAGACCUCACUUAGCUUUUAUGUUUUAAUCAUACAAUUAAGCAUGAAUCAACAUAGAUAAAUACUAAAUCUGUAACUAAAGGAUUUCUUUAUAUGUGUAUACUUAUAUCACUAAAUAGUUAUUUUUGAAUAUAUGUGCACUGUGAAACAUAUUCUUCAGAAAUAACGUCCUUAAAGGGAAGUGCUAACUUUAAUUUUCAUUCCUCAAAAGUCUAGUAACAGUUAUUCUAAAUGACCAGUCUAAUCAAUGUAUUAUGUUUAUUCUUAUAUAACAUAUGUGUGAUUAUUACUUAAUUUCUGAAUACUGUUUUAGUUUUUGUACGAGAUCUCUCCUUGUGUAGUUACUGAUAUUUUUCAAUUUUUGCUUAGAGUUUCAGGCAGAGUCAGUCUUAUUAAACUUUAACAAUACAAAAAUUACAAGAUGUUUAAAGAUACUUCACAUUUAAUUGUCUUUAUAUGGUGCACUUUUAAAACCAUACAGACUGGAACAGUUGUAUAAUAUGGAUCCAUAUUUGUUAGUAGAACAAGUUAACCUUGCUACAAAUGGGCUAAAAUUGAGAGUAAUGUAUUCACAGACUCUGCAGAAAUCUUUAGGGUUUGUAUAGGCAUUCCUUUCAGGAGGUUUGAAUCAGUUCUAAACAUUCCAGUAAACAACAGCUAUCAAUCCAGUGCUCUUUUGAAGCAAAUAUCGGUCAAAAUUCAAACUUUUCAUCUUAUUUUUUUACUAUUAUAAGCUGUAUUAUGUUUUUAAACGUAGAAAUGUUUUUUUAUCUAACUCAAUUUUUUUUUCAAUUAAGAAUGAAAGAUUUUCAUCUUGGAAUUCAGCCGACAAAACUACUUCAUUGAACCCUUAAGUUUUGUAGUAAAAACAAUGUCUUAGACAUUUCUCUUAUUUCAUAGUUUUUUUACCUGCCUGGUUGCUUUCUAUUGUGUGAAUAUAAAAAAAUCUGUAAACAGCUUUAUAGUUGAGAAGUAUAAUCAAAUUAACAGCAGCUGUUUAACAAGUGGAAAUAUAUUUUAUUAAGAACAUUAUUCAUUUCUAAGCAAAGUUAGAUUAUGAUGGGGACCAUUUAGCUUGAAUUGGAGCAAUGAAGUUUGUGAUAAUAUUUUUAGGACUAUAUUUUCUGUGAUUGUUGGUUUGUUAUAUAGCAUUACAAACGUAGCACAAGUGAUGUCAUAAAUAACACAGUAUCAACCAUUUUAGGGCCUGGCAUGGCUGGGUGUUUAACUCGCAAUCUCAGAGCUGUGGGUUCAAAUCUCCAUCCCACCAAACACGUUCGCCUUUUCAACUGAGGGGCAUUAUAAUGUUCCAGUCAAUCUCACUAUUCCUUGGUAAAAGAGUAGCUCAAAAGCUGGUGGUGAUGACUAGCUGCCUUCACUCUAGUCUUUCACUGCUAAAUUAGGGACAGCUAGCACAGACAGCCCUCAUGUAGCUUUGCAUGAAAUUCAAAAGAAAAUAACCAUUUUACUGACCUUAGGCCUUUUUCAAGGGUUCAUUGUUUCACAGUCUAGAAUUAAAAUAUGGUAUUUUAAUAUUGGUUUGAUAUUGUAAAACUUUUUUUCCAAAAAUUUUGUUUUAUUUGUUGAAAAAAAUUCAAAUCCUCCCAUAUGCUUUUUUUCAAAGACAAAAUUGUUGCUCCUAGAGAGAAUUUUUAACACGAAGUUCAGAAAGUUCACUUGUUUCAGAUUUCUUUUAGCUUUCAAUUCUGUGACUUCACUCUCAAUUUCAGAUGAUGUAUCAGUGUUUUGUAAUUAUUUUAUUGUCAUUGUUUUCCAGUAGUUCUGUUGAUUAUCUGUUUUAAUGAAGGUUCUAAUUCUUUCGAACAUUGAAGUUUAUUACUUUCAUAUUCAUAAAUACUACCUUGUUGUAAUAAAAUUGCCAAAGAAAGUCAUCUGUAAUAUUCAACUUUAUGAUAUCCUUAGCAUCAGAGGGAUACAUGUAAAAUUCAUACAUCAAAAACAUUAUUUUGAACAUGACUUAGAAUAUUGUGGAGAAACUUUGACUUCAAGGUAUUGUUGAUGGGUGAAAAUCUACUUAAGCUGGUUGUUCAAAUAAAAUAGCUUAUUCUGUCAGAGUCGGUUUGUUUACUAAAUAUUAUUGUGGAAAGGUAACCAGAUCUGCUUUGCACUGCAUACUCCUUGAGUAGGACAAUUGUUUUUGAUUCAAGGCCAUAUCACUAUAUUGUAUAAAUUUAUGUUAACAAACAGUGAUUGAAAUAUUAAGCAUAAAUUAGAAACUUGAUAUUUUCUUUUUCCAAAAACUCUAUUUAACAUGUAUUGUCACUCCUGUAAUGUUAAGCUUCUCUAGUUUCUAAUGAAAAUGUGAUUCAUACUUUACUCUUGAAAACCGUGUUCAACCAAUAUUAGCUGUUUACUACUGAAAAUAGUAAUUCUUAAUAUAGAAGAUUUUUGGACCAUUGCAAGAGUCAGCGUGUGGAAUGUAGUGAAAUCUUCCAGAUGUUCCAAAGAUUUGUACUUUAAUACUAUGGUGAAUAAAAAGUAUUCUUUAACUCUGUACAGGACUGUAAUGAAAUCUUCCAGAUGUUCCAAAGAUUUGUACUUUAAUACUAUGGUGAAUAAAAAGUAUUCUUUAACUCUGUACAGGACUGUAGUGAAAUCUUCCAGAUGUUCCAAGGACUUGUACUAUAAUACUAUGGUGAAUAAAAAGUAUUCUUUAACUCAGUACAGGACUGUAGUGAAAUCUUCCAGAUGUUCCAAGGACUUGUACUAUAAUACUAUGGUGAAUAAAAAGUAUUCUUUAACUCAGUACAGGACUGUAGUGAAAUCUUCCAAAUGUUCCCAUGAUUUGUACUAUAAUACUAUGGUGAAUAAAAAGUAUUCUUUAA